AUGGCCGACGGCAGCGCCCCUGACACCCCAACAACGGGAGCGAGCAUCCACUUACCGGCGCCCACAACUGGCCACGAUGUGGCCAACAAGUUCCAGAGCGCUAUCUCACAAUGGAGAAGCCUCGACUUCACAUCCUUGGUCUCAAAUUUGGACAACACGGCGUCCGAGAUCGUAACAUUUCAACGCGAUUCGACGGUCCAGAGGAAGGAUCUUGCGCAGAAAACCAAGGACUUUAGGAAGUUGGACGAUGGAAGCAAGCUGUCGGAAAUCAAGGGCCUACUAAAAGCUUACCAGACCUUCAUCGACCUCCUGGCUAACCACUCAAAAUCCAUAAACUCGGCCUUUCUUCACGCCUACACAUCGCUUUCCGAAGCCCCAGAUCCCUACCCUCUUCUCGAGGCUUCGGUUGACUCAAUGCUCGUGUCCGAGGACACACUACCAAAGCUCAGCCAGGAGAAUCAGCAUUUACAGGAAACAGUUGCCGGGCUAACAUCCCAACUUGAGGACACGGAGUCCAAAUUACAGACAGAGCGCGACGCAAGGAAGCAGUUACAGGAAAACCUCGAGGGAAAAGUAAAGGAGGUUGAGGUCUCGUGGACCAGUGUCCUCGAUGAAAAGCAGGACAACUGGGCGGCCAAAGAGAAAGCCCUAGAGGACAAACUAGAAAACCAAGAACGCCUACUCAACGAGAUCAAGGCCAGCUAUGAGGUCAACCAACGGCUAGGCAAAUCCGAAGAUGCCGAGGACAGCCAGCGGGGGCAUUUCACUAGUGCCGAGCUGGAAAUGGUCCACUCGGACCUAGAGCGUACCAGUGCACGACUUGCGGAGGUAGAGGCCCGGAACGAGCAGCUACGCUUGGAUCUAGCGCAGGCCAAGUCGCAGGUGCCUGCACAGCCUGCGCUCGUCUUGGAAGACGAUCCUGGUUAUACGAGGAUGAGGUCUGAGAACUCCUCGCUUAUCCGGAAACUGGACGUUUCGAGGGUUGAGAAGGAAGGGCUAAAGAGGGAUCUUGAUACGAGGCUCCGCAGUCUAGAGAGAGAGGUCGGACUGCUUAAAGAAGAACGAGACACUCUCAAGGGGAAAGUACAGAGGUGGAGCGACUACGACGACGUCAAGCAGGAGCUCGAGGUGCUCAAGAGCAUCGAAUUCUCGACCGGAGAUGACGACGACGGGAGGGAUCCUGCCGAUGAUCAGAACGCAACAGUCGUUAACGGCAAGGGAGACACGCUGGAGCAGCUUCUCCUAGCACGCAACAAGAAGUUGGGCGACGAGCUCACAAUUUUGCGUGUGUCGCAUCAGGAUCUCCAGAACAGACUGCAAAACAUGCAAGAAGAUCUCUCGAGGACGAAUGCUGAGCUUGAAAAGUCUCAGAACCUCAAUGAGAAGCUUGAGGACGAGCUUGCGACAAUCCAAGCCGAGGCGCCCAAUGCCUUUCCGUCAGGCGCCUCCGUGGCCGGCACGUACGUGAGUCGGUACGCCCCAUCGGUGGCGCCAACACGUAAAGGGAGGACGUCACCCACCUCGUCAAUCAUAAGCGGCUUCAGCCCGCGCGACUCUAGCAGCGAACUGAUGGGCGGCGGGUCUGGUAUCCUUCCCAUGAUCACAGCACAGCGCGACCGAUUCAAGAAGAGGAACGCGCAGCUCGAGCAGGAGCUGUCCGAGUGCAACAAAAACAUGUCACAGUUGCGGCAGGAGAUUGCCGCGCUCCAAAAGGACAAUCUGAAUCUCUACGAGAAGACACGUUACGUGUCCACGUACAACCGCGCGGCGCCUAGCUCGUCGUCGUCGUCAUCCGCAUACGCCUCCAACCCUAACCCCUCGACUGUCUCGGUAGGCGGGGGCAGUAGUGGCAACCCGGGCAUCGUGCUAGACCGGUACCGCAAGGCCUAUGAGUCCAAUAUCUCGCCCUUUGCGGCGUUCCGGGGUCGCGAGUCGGCACGUGCUUACAAACGCAUGAGCCUGCCGGAGCGCAUAGUAUACUCGGUCACGCGUAUGGUGCUGGCCAGCCGCACCAGCAGGAAUCUCUUCGCUAUCUACUGCGUUGCGUUGCACCUCCUCGUGUUCUUCUCUCUUUAUUGGCUUGGCACCAUCAACGUGGAUACACACGCCAGCCACUUGAGUCAUAGUGCUGCGGGAGCCGCUGCUGCUGCCGCCGCGAAUGGAGGUGUGGCGGCGGUGGCUGGCGACAAAGCUGGCACUGCUGAUCAUAGGAAAUGGCAAGAAGAAGGGUUUAAUGGACAAUGA